AUUAAGUUUCUUUGGCCAAAAAUGAAAUUACCAAAAAAAAUCCACCGUGUUACUAGUAGUCGUCUACUCUGCGUCCUAUCCGAGUCUCUCCGCUGUCUUCUGCUGUCGCCGGAGCUCAUCGGUGCGAGUUCUGCCAUUGCGUCAUUUCAGGCGAGGCAGUUAUUGUUUUGAGAAUUGAGAUGGCGGUUGUUCAGUUUCAAGCUACUAUGUGUCUGAAUCGUCCCCUUGGCUGUUCUGAUGGGCGUCUAUGUUUUGCAAGACCUCAUCAUUUCCUUCCCGAGAGAUCCUCCUUCCCAAAUGCAGCGCUUCAAAUUGCCCCCUUCAAGGACAAAUGCUUCCAUUGCUAAAUCAACUGUUACUCUCUGCUCUACCCAAUCACAAUCCCAAACUCCCCAAGAGUUGUAUAUUGUUAAAGAAAAAAGUGUCUCCGUUGUCCUACUCGCUGGAGGCCAGGGGAAGAGGAUGGGUGCUAACAUGCCCAAGCAGUAUCUUCCACUUCUAGGUCAACCAAUUGCACUCUAUAGUUUCUACACUUUCUCGCGCAUGGUUGAAGUGAAAGAAAUCAUUGUCGUUUGUGAUCCUUCAUACAAGGACAUUUUUGAAGAUGCGAAAAUGAAUGACAAAGUAGAACUUAAAUUUGCACUUCCAGGAAAAGAAAGACAGGAUUCUGUCUACAAUGGGCUGCAGGCUGUUGAUUCAAAUUCGCAGCUUGUUUGCAUUAUGACACGUGACAUAACCAUCCAACUUAACAUGUCACGUGUCGCUGACUGACACGUCAUCAUAUCAUUAUGUGUGUCCAAACCAUGAGAUAACACGUGUCACCAAAGAUUCACAUCAACGCAUCGUUAACGGAAGAUGGGACAGACACUAAUAUGGUGCAAUUUUUUCAAUUUGGGAGAGACGUAAUUGAUAGAAUUGAAAUCUCAAGAACGUUUUGGUACACGACGUUAAUCUCCAUUUUAGGGAUUUAUUCGAGAAAGUAUAUUCUGAGGCUUGUCGCGCCAGGAGGAGCAGGCGGCGGGAGGAACGAGCUAGAGUGCGACAGUAUCUCGAACCUUCCGUGGAGAGUGACAACGGAGACGGGGACCGUGGGCUCCCAGAUGGUAACACUGGUGAUGGUGUCAUUGCCGCUUAAGAUGCAGAUCUUGAGCUGGCAAUGCUACGCGUAGUGGGUGGCGCCGUCCAGGACAUCGAAGCCACUCGCGACUUUGAGGAUGUGUUUUGUCGAUUUUUAGCAAAUCAACGGUGGUUCGAUAUCUAGUAGUUUGGGAGCGAAACCUACUCCUCUAUGCAGGUACCAGUUUUCUAAAAGUGCAUCAAAGUGCCUUCGAUUAGACGGGUGUUGAGAAUACAGAUAACUUAAAAGUUAUAAACCAAUAAAAAGAACAAAAAGAUAAAGUUUUCGAAAGGGAAAAUGUACUGAAAAUGGAAAGAAAUGCAUUGAAAUUAAAAGAAAACAAUAGAAUGCCUUCGACUGAGUCAAAGGACUUUAACAUGAAAAUUUAAAAUGCAAAAAGAUAAAUUGGACAAAGAAGAUAAAUAGAACUUGAAAGAUAAAUUUACUUGAAAAGAUAAAGUUUACAGAAAGAUAAAUUGAAAGAGUAAAAUAUGGAAGGAACCCUACAGAAAAGUUACUCGAUUGCAGACUCAGGAAUUCCUUAAGAUAUGAGUGUGCUUGAGUGUUUUUCUGAGUAAAAGUUUCAACCCCUAUUCCCUAAGAUCUCCUAGUUUUUAUAACCUGCUUUUAGUAACUGAUAAUUAAUUACAAUUAAUUAGAAAAUCACAGCAUUGAAUAUGUUUCCUUGGUAACUGUUCCUGCCUAAACGUUCCCCCUGAUUUCCUCGCGUGAUAGAAGCCUUUAACUUCUCUGCUACCAUAACUACCCGAAUCUCUUAUUCGAAUAAGCUAUUCGAUUAUCUGACGCAAGUCCCAUGGUCGAUUUGACUUGCUCGAUUUAUUGAAAGGUGGGCCUUGAAAUCAAAUCUGUGUCAAAAACUUCCAUUUAAUGCUUGCGUGUAUGUCUUUUCGAAAACUACUUAUAUCUUUGAUCACUUUACCACUUCGAACCCUUUGUCUUUAUCAAAAAUAUUUUUCGAUCAACAAAUUGCCCCCUUGGAUUAAUGUGUUUUACCUUCGAAAACAUUACUGGAAGAUAAAACACUUAAUCCACAUUCAAACUUCCGUUUUCAAAUCAGUAAUAAUUAUCAUUUAACCUCCCAUUAAUACUGAUCCACUCGACACGUUUUUCGAAACUCACGCCUUUCUCUUUCUUCCACUUCAUCUUCUUUGCGAAGUUACCUCUAUUCGCAUUCCUUCUACAGUAACGGCUACGGUAGCUCUUUAAAUUCAUCAAUCUCACCCCUGUUCAAAUUUUCUAAACUCAUUGCUCUCUGAAUUUCUCUAACAUCAAACUUCCUUACAGAAUCUUUAAUCUUCUGUUUCCUUUUCCUUCAUCUUACAAUAGCCGCAUCCUCUUCUCAUACUGCUACCCAAGACAAAGGUAAAGGUCAUGCAGUAGCACCACCGGCUCCUCCAGCCCUUCGUAUACUAAACCAAGUCAAUGAUGAAGUCAUUGACGAUCCUCAACUCCAAAUUAACAAUGCUAGAAUCUUAAUUCCUUUCACAAUAGGCGCGGAUACUCACUGUUUUCUCGGACCGAUUGAAUCCCUAGAAAAGGCGAAUAAAAAACUUUCUUUCUUUCCAAGUGCUGAAGGAGAACAUCUGUUGAUUAAUCAGCCUUUCAACACCUCCUACUUCAUUAAUAAAAAACCCUUCAGAAAUAAUCCAAAGAUUAAUCCUCGAGAGUUCAAUUUCACAGCCUGGUACUAGCGCCUUGA